CUCCUCCCUGGGCUCGGUCUUCAAGGCUCGCGGAGAGCGAAUGUCGUCAUGAGCGAACAACAGGACAGUAUGGCCACCACUGUUGCUGUCAGUCCCAGCGAAUACCUUCAGCCCUCUACCGCUUCCACACAAGACACCCAGCCCUCUCCUCUGGCCCUCCUGGCUGCGACCUGUAGUAAGAUCGGCCCUCCUGCUGCUCAGGCUCCCGUGACCUCUCCUCCAGCGCAGCCGCAGCCUCGCAGGCUCCUCCCUAUUAAACCGGCUCCGAUCGCCCCUGCUCCGCCCAAAAACCUGGGUUUUCUGUCAGCCAAGGGAAAUGUGAUCCAGCUCCCUGCCGGCCUGGGCUCCACUGCCCCUGGCAGUCCCAUUGUCCUCACUAUCCAGCAGAGCCCGGCUCGCACCAACACCUCAGCCCCCGCCAACAUCCAGUACCAGAUGGUGCCGCAGAUUCAGGGUCCCCAGACCAUCCAGGUGAUGCCACAGGGUGGUCAGAUCCAGCUCAUACCAGGCACCAACCAGGCCAUCAUCACCACUCCCAUGACUGUACCGGCCCCCGCGGCCGGCACCGCUCCGGUCACGCCACAGAAGACUGUCGCCAUCAAGCCCUCCCCUAAGUUACGGAAGCCACACAACUCUGCCGCAAACGUGGUGCAGCUGCCCAGCGGGCUCACGCUGCCACUCAACGUGGCGACCGGAGAGGUGGGCGGGACUCAAAUCGUCACAGAGACGGCAGCUGCCCCUCCCACUCCUGCAAAGGGACGACGAGGGAGGAAGAAGAAAGUGGUUCUGGCUGCGCAGCCUCCACUUCCUCCUCCUGCACAGGCUGCCUCCCCACCCCCAGAGCAGAUGGAGACCAUCCUGAUAGAAGCUGGUGACAACAUCAUACAGGCUGGCAACAACCUACUGAUUGUACAGAGUCCCGGGCAGCCGGCUGUGGUGCAGCAGGUCCAGCUGGUCCAGCCCAAACCGGAUUCUCAGGUGGUUCAGAUCCCACAGCAGGCUUUGAAGGUGGUGCAGGCCGCCUCUGCCACGCUCCCGCCUGUCCCACAGAGACAGUCAGUCCCUUCGAACCUGCAGGUCACUCCAACAGACGCGUCACCAACGCAGAUCGUCUUCAAGACAGCGUCGGGUGAGUGGCAGUCGGUUCUGCUGCAGGACUCGGUCUCCACGACAACGACCCCCACCACGACGGUCGCCACCACCACAACCUCUCCGCCGGCCAGCACCAAAAGGACACUUGCAGGGGGCCGGAAGGAAAGGACUCUAGCAAAAAUUGCCCCAGCGGGGGGGAUGAUAGCGUUGAAUACGUCGCAGCUCUCCUCAGCAGCCCAGGCGGUGCAGACGAUCAGCAUCAACGGGGUCCAAGUUCAGGGAGUUCCUGUCACCAUCACCAACGCAGGGGGCCAGCAGCACCUGACGGUGCAGACGGUGCAGGGCGGGGGGCUCCAGCUGGCAGCAGCGCAGGGCCAGCCGGCCAUCCAGGUAGACCAGACCCUCACUCUGGAGCUGCCGAGCCAGCCAGGGGAGAAGAAGCGACGCAUGGCCUGCACCUGCCCCAACUGUAAGGACGCAGACAAGAGGCCCGGGGAGGUCGGGAAGAGGAAGCACAUCUGCCACGUCCCCGGCUGCGAGAAGACGUUCAGGAAAACGUCGCUGCUCAGAGCUCACGUCCGGCUGCACACUGGCGAGAGGCCCUUCGUCUGCAACUGGGUUUUCUGCGGGAAACGUUUCACACGCAGCGACGAGCUGCAGCGGCAUGCCAGGACGCACACAGGAGACAAGCGCUUUGAAUGCAGCCAGUGUCAGAAACGCUUCAUGCGGAGUGACCACCUGACAAAGCAUUAUAAGACUCACAUAAACACCAAGAACCUGUGAGCAGACUGUAUGCUGAGUGUCCACACGGACAGACUCUCACAAACUAAAGACUGUUGGAGGACGGAGGUGCAGAGGAGACGAUACCAAGGGAGUGUCUGUGACUUAUCCCAUAGUGGGAAAUACUCCAAAAAAAACCCUCCCCUCUCACUCCUCUAGGACACUGUGUAGCGUGGUGUACAAAGAAAUCCUUCCUGGUGGACUUCAAACUGAUCCAGCAAAUUUAUUAAUAAUAGAUUAUUUUUGUUGUUUUUCUUUCCCUCUGGUCUGAGUGGAGGCCAGUACCAGCUCCGACUGAACGUCCGAGAUGGCGAGAUGGCGAGGCUUCGGCUGCAGAUGCUUAACUCUGCUUGCUUAUUUAUGAACUUUGCUUGGGGAAGAACGUACACAGAAUUAUUCAGACGCCAACACCCGAGAAAGCAGGACUCCCGUCACAGUUUCCAUCUCUUUGGUUUUGUUUUUCUCUCUCCAAAUUGUUUUUUUUUUGUUGUGGAACAUCAGAACAGAACCCAGAAAUUGGCUGUCAAGAACCAGAAAAGGAUUUUUUAAUUCAUCAGGCAUUUAUUUUACCUCAGUGGAAUGGUAUUUUUGUUUUAACUUAUUUGUGUUUUAGCAGGAUUUUCUUCUGAUUUACCCAAAAACGUUGGGGACCAUCACAUUAAUAACUCCCCAUAAAAGACUGAAAACCUUCAGAAGUUUACGUUGGCUAUUGGUUAUUGGCUUACGUAAUAUUAAAAAUGAUAAUAAACUAUUUAUAACCUUUUUCCAUAGAAUUGUUACAAAUUGAUUUAUAAAGUAGGCAUGUAGGAGAAUCCUAUGUGAAAAAAAGAAAAAAAAGACUAAAUGAGACUUAAAGUCUUAAAAACAGGCGGCGCAGAAGUUUUCAGCAGAAUUACAAAGAGGAUUUAAAAAGAGCAUUUGAACAUAUUUACAAAUUUUCUUUGAGGGUACAGAUGAAGCUGCUCAGAGCUCCUCCAGCGAGGCGAUACAAGGCCUGGUGGUUAAACAUUCAGUCCGGGGCCAGAAGUCACUGUGCCUUAAAAAAAAAAACAUGCCACAAGCAAAGAGAGCACACAUGCAGUGAUCCGAAUGCAACAAAAUAAUGGUACGGAACAAAUUUCACAGGUUUUUCUGAAUAGUUUAAAUUGAGAGAAGCUAAACUGGCAAUAUUUGAGGCUUUUGAAGGGGCUUGACUUUCCCAGUUUUUAUUGAUAAGUCAAAUAAAUGUUCAUGCCAUCAAAAUCUACGUUACGAUUGGGGAUGUUCUCACGAAGUUCAAAUGUAGAAUUGGGGAACAUUAGAGGACCGAGGAUUGACCCUUGUGGAACACCAGAUAAGAGAGAAUUUAAAGUUGCCUGCAGUACCAAAUUUUCCAUGUGAUCAUGCCGUGUGGUGUAAUCGACCAUAUCAGAAGCUGUGUUGGCACCAAGGAAAACACGACGUGACCUUUGUUAACCACAAGGAAGAGAUCAUUGAUAAUGUGUCAGAUGAUGGGAGGAUUGUGGAGGAAGCAGUUUUCCAAUCGAUGAGUGCGAGCUGAUCCAGGUCGGGUUCUUUUCAGUUGACGCUGGACAGUUAAGUUUUCCUUAAGUCAAUAAGUCAUGUUUAAUAGAUAAAACAUUUGUGGCAGACCGUACCAAGUAUACUACCUAAAAUUCUCUAGCCUUAGAGAAGUUCUGCAAAAACUUCCUGUAGGACAUCUUUAUUUUCUGUGCCACUGGGCCGACUGAUUCUCCUUAAACAAAUCCAAGAGUUUUUAAAAGUCUGAGAAAUUAGGUCUAAGAGGUUUCUUGAGUGUCCAGAUGCUAAGGAUUUAAUUUGGAGAAAUAUUAGUGACAGGACGAGCCUAUCACCUGGUGAUAGACCCGGUCAUCCCCCUCUGUUCCCUCUGUGAUCCAAACCAGGUUGUUAUAUAGUUGGUUAUCCAGCUUGGAAACCACAACAGGUACGCUUGUCUAGGGCUGGGUAUCGAACUUCAAUAUUUUGUGGUACUGAAAUGCGUUGAUGGCACUGAGUGUCAAAGAUGUCAAGCAAUGAGACUUGGCACCAAAUGUUUGGCCAGAUUCAUACUCUUUACUUGUUCUUAAAUCACAUUCCUGAUUGUAAUCAAAGUUCUGCUAGUUUCAGACAGUAUUCUGCUUAAGUUCUAAAACUGCUGCUUGUAUUAAGUCAACAUUUAUCUUUAAUAUCAACUGUCUACUUCUUUUGUUAACCGAAUUUGUACUUCUUGAAAAAAGUUUUCAGAAAAAGUGAAACUUUGGUACCUGUACCAAACGCUCCUCUGCCCUACUCAUAAGAAAAGAACAACAAAGGUCCAGGGUGACUCUGCAGUUCUGCUUUACUCACAGUAUAGUUUUGAUUUGGUGAUUUGUAGCCUAUGCAUUGCUGUAAAUACGAUCGGAUUUCCAGUUGUUUGGCCUGACUCGACAAUCACAUCUCGAGAUGCAAAAAGAAAAAAAUACGUUUUCUCAGGCCUUUGAUCAGUUUCUUUGUACAUGGAUCUUUUUUUUUUCCAGCUAUGUGAUAGCUUUAAUUCUGAAUUUACAGUUGAGAAGUUUUUGUUGAUAUACUGAAGACCAGCAUUAGGCCUACUGUACAGUAUUCACACAAGUUACUUAAAUAUCAUUUGCUUUACAGCAAACAUACUGUUGCUUAUAUCGUUUUUGAUAUAAUGAAAAUGUUCUGACCUUUCACUCACAGGUCAUGAGUCAGUUUGAAGCCUGGAUUUGUGUGACAGUUCCUUUUAUUUAAGAAAUACACCGACUUAUUAAGAAAUAAGCUUUCUGGUCAAAUUAGCUCGGUGCCAUCAGACAGCAGGUAGUUGAGUUUUCACUGUGGCAUGUUUUAAUACUGUGACAUACAUCUUUCAUGGAUGGAGCUGCCUUGCUAAUCACCAUCCAGCAACAACUACUUCUCUGUACACAACAGAGAAAUUUGACCAAAAAGCUCAAGUCAAGUCAGAUUUAUUUUUUAAAGCACUUUGAACCAGUGUUGUGAAGUGCUUCACGGGGCGACAGACGAUAAAAAGCUUAGGUGGCCAAUAUUUGGUGUAUUUUUCUAAGAAUGUGUCUGAAGAUGUGCGAUGCCAUUGGGAUGGAUAGACAGAGCCUGCUCGUAUUUAUGUGUAUUUCAUGUCUAAAUAUGUAAAUACAGUGUGUGUCUGUUAGACACAGUAAAUGUAGGAUAUCAGAAAACAAAAGUUAAGCUGCCUAAUGUUGUGGUUGGCCUGGCCAGCCCUGAAGGAAACAGGCUUUGUACAGUGUGUAAGGAAUAAAAUAUAAUGUGACAUUGUAUAGCUUCAUUCCUGCUUUGUAUAAGACUUCUAGAUCUUUUUUCUAUUGAAUUAAAGAUGCCUUAGAUAGCUGCACCCAGUAUUUAAUGAUGUUUUUUUUCUGUCUAAUUCCAGGUAACAACAUUUGUAAAAUUCCUUUUGUGUUUUUAACUUAUGUUACAUGCUAAUGUCAUGUGCACUGAUUAAAAUCCCAGGUUCCAAAAUUUGUAAAUUGAAACUUGAUUGUAAUUAAAUAUAAUAAGAUUUUCCAAAUUAAGAAAUUUCUAAUGCUUGGUUUCUGUGAAUUAAAUGCGUCUCCUUCUCCAAGCUUGUAGGUCAUUUAAUGUUCUGCAGCCAAGUUUCUUGUGAAUAUCAGGAGAACCCAGAGAACCAGCAAAUUAUUUUAUAACUUGUAUAAAGGUGCUAAAACAUAUACUUUGCUCCUUUUCUACAGUCACCCCCUCAAUAAAGAACUCAAACUGUC